AGAAACUAAGAUGGCGGACUUGGCGACCGAGGGACUGGCGCGGAGGGAAAGGGCUACGACGAGUUUCCACAGGAAAGUGCCGGAUGGCGGAGGGGGGCGCUUGGCCGUUCUGCCAGGAACCCGACCGUCGGUGCGACAUGGUCAGCUCCUGCUUUCCAGCGGCGUCCCUUCUUUGGACUAUGUUCUAGGUGGAGGUUUGGCAAUUGGAACCAUUCUUCUUAUUGAGGAAGAUGCACAUGGUGUUUAUUCCAAUCUGUUGUUCAAGCAUUUCCUUGCAGAAGGAAUAGUUUGUGGGCAUAAUUUAUUUAUUGCUUCAGAUAAAGAGGAGCCUGGUGUUAUUCUAAAGGGUCUGCCACCAAGAUAAUCUGUGCCCUCCAGCUCCAAUCAAAGUGGAGGCAAAAUGGCUACCCAGCCAUAUGGGGAGGAGGGACUGCAGCCACAGUGGCCUUCCUGCAUUCACCACAGCAAACCCUCACCACACCUCCCCGUGGCAACGACAGAUGGGUAGCCAUCUCCCGCACCUCGGCAGUCCCAUUUGCCUUUCUCCGCAGCAUAGCUGUCAUCAGUCAGUGGGGGCCUCUUCCUCAUCGGCCUCUCUCCCACGACCGUGCCUCCAGUCUCUGCCAGGCACCCGAAGCUCUUCCUGUGCUAGACAAUUGACCUGGAGGCCCAGAGAUCCAGUGCUCCUGCCACCACCACUGCAAGCUCCAAUCCAACCGCUACCACCACCAGCUCCAACCCAGCUGCCACCGCCAGUGGUUCCAGUCUCUCUGGCCCGCCUCCCCAGUAAGGGAGGGGGCCCUUGGUGCCACAUGUGCUGCCUUCCCAGGCUGCUGGGCCACUGAUGCUGCAUGCGCUGCCUUCCAAGUCGCCAGGCUGCCCAGGCAAAACUGUUACUCACCUGGGCCAAAUAAUCCACCCGCCCGAUUUAGCUCACUUGGGAGACAAUCUCCAAGGACUGCACAACAACUCCAACCACAGCAACACACCCCAGACCACCCACAACAUACUAAAAUCUAUCCACUAAUGGCCCCUAUCCACAAUUCUAAUUGCACAUCCUUGGCGCCUUGAUGGGGGGAAAAAAAAGUUUCAUUUGUUUUGGAAAAAAAGUUCUG